CCUCUCUCUCUCUCUCUCUCCCUCUCAUACAAUAUGUUGAGGAUGAAGGUGGUGUUAGUGUUACUUUGUGCCACAUACCAUGGUGCCUUGUCCAUCACAGACGGACUACUGCCCAACGGAAACUUCGAGGAAGGCCCAAAACCCUCCCAACUAAACGGCACAGAAGUGAUGGACCGAAACGCCAUCCCAAACUGGGAAUCCUCAGGAUUCGUCGAAUACAUCAAAUCAGGAACAAAACAAGGCGAUAUGUUACUCGUCGUCCCCGAAGGAAAAUUCGCAGUGAGACUCGGCAACGACGCAUCGAUAAAACAGAAAGUGAGAGUCGCGAACGGAAUGUUCUAUUCUCUAACAUUGAGUGCGGGAAGAACGUGCGGACAAGAGGAGAAGUUGAACGUGUCAGUGUGGCCAAGUACGGAGGCGAAGGAUUGGGGGAUGUUGCCGAUACAGACGAUGUAUAGUAGCGAUGGGUGGGACUCGUAUUCGUGGGGGUUCUUGGCUGAGGCGAGUGAGUUGGAGAUUAUUAUUCAUAAUCCUGAGUUGGAUAAGGUGGACUCGGCUUGUGGUCCUCUUGUUGAUUCUGUUGCUUUGAAGGCUUUGUCUACUCCUCAAACAACUGGAGUGAACAUGCUGAAGAAUGGGAACUUCGAAGAAGGUCCAUACGUGUUCCCGAACACAUCAUCGGGAGUCCUGAUCCCUCCCAACAUCGAGGACGAUCACUCCCCACUCCCCGGCUGGAUAAUCGAGUCCCUCAAAGCCGUCAAAUACAUCGACUCCGACCACUUCUCCGUCCCCGUGGGCCGCCGAGCCAUCGAGCUCAUCGCCGGCAAAGAAAGCGCCAUUGCUCAGGUUGUCAGGACCAAGCCAGGAAAGCUCUAUUCCCUUACCUUCGCUGUCGGAGACGCCAGCAAUUCCUGCGAGGGGUCGAUGGUGGUCGAGUCAUUUUCUGGCAACGUCACGGCUCAUAUUCCCUACGAGUCAAAGGGGAAAGGCGGGUUCAAACGGGCUGAGCUCCAGUUCACGGCUGUGUCGCCGCGGACCCGGGUUAGGUUUUUGAGCUCGUUUUAUACUAUGAAGAACGAUAAUUCUGGUUCGCUUUGUGGUCCGGUUAUCGAUGAUGUGAAGCUGCUUGGUGUUCGUAAUUCGCUCCGUGGUUGAUCAUAUAUGUAUAAUUGUUCAUGCUCCCAGAUUAGUCGAUUCUUCAGAUCGGAUAUCGAAUUAUCAAAAAAAAUAUGGCAUUAGUUGAUGAUGAGAGAUCGCUGAAUUGCUUGUGUGCGUGUGAGAUUCAUUUUGCAUAUUUUGAGAUGGUUAAAAUGGCGUUUUUUCCCCCUCCUUUUACUUCUUUAACAAAAAUCAGGAUGUUUGUUUAUGUAUACAUUGUUAUUAAAAGUAAGAACACACACUACACUAGGUGUGUCAUUUAAAACAA